UUUCUGUUUGUUUAAUACAGCUCUAUUGAAAUGAUAUGAAUGAUGAAUCAAAAGAAAAGUUUGAUUGCCCAUGUAUGCCUAGUGCCAAUGUCACCAAAGGAAUUUCCCUCAAAUGCAUUGAAGCAAUAUACAGACUAUGUGAGGAAAAGUGUCAACAAAGCUAGAAAUUCUCACUGGACAUCUGAGAGUCCCUUCCUUGGGGAGCAUUACCAUGCUGAUACUGCUGUCACCUCAGUUACAUCAAAUGACUACACAAAUGGACUAGGCAUGCCUGCCAAAAAUAUUCUAACUAAUGAUGGUAUAGUUUCUGACACUGCAAGCCAAACAUCUCCCAUGGACUUUCCCUUUUUGUCAGAAGUGAAUCAUUGUGACAUGGAAGCUGAUCAUUCAAAGUCUUUAGUGACUGUGAGAAGAAAUUCUGUGGUUUCAUCAUCCUCAUGUGAAUUAGCACAUACUUCUCAUGGUAAAAAAGUUGUAGCCUCAUUACACCUCACACCUAUAAAAUGCGACAGAUCAGGAUGUAAUGGUACUCCCCUUCAUCUUGAUUGCAGUGAAACAAUGUCAGAUCUGAUGGAUGAUUCUCUAUCUUCAGGGUCAGAUAGGGCAAAUGCUGGUAACUUUUCCUAUUUUUUGAGAAGUAAUUUGAAACAAAAAGAUAUUUCUUAUGAGGAAAUGUCUGUGACAUCAAUUGUAUCUAGGCAAAGUGACUCUGAACAACAUUCAGGUGAAAGUAUUUUUCCUUCAAGUGUUGUUUCAUCCAACAACAAUGCCAUGAGUAGCUGUGAACACUUAUCACUUGACCUCAGCAGUUAUUCUCCCCCAUCAAGUCCAGUUUCAGAUGGAAAUGAAUCAAUUAUUUGCAACAAUUUUCCACAUAAAAUCAAUGCCCAAAAUGAAAAAAAAUUGUCAGGAAAAAGCCAAAAACCUAGAGACUCAAAACCUAGACUUCUCUCUCCUGAAGUAAAGCCUCUCCAUGAUGAACUUGUUUCUCCAAACAAGAAAAUGAGGUCACUUUCUGAUGGAACUGUGUUUAGGAGAGAGUCUUCAAAUCCAUGUGGAAAUCUUCUUGUCAAGGUGGAGGACAUUAGAAAAAAAUUGAAACCUUGUAGAGGAGGAGGGUUUACUCUUCCAGCGAGAGGAAGGUUGACGAAUUCUGGGCGCAGAGUGGCAAAUGACUAUUCUGAAAAAUCUCUUGUUAAUGCUUCCAUCACAAGUGCCAUUCUAGCUACACCAAAAGUAAAGAAACGUAAAGCUAGACGCAAAGUUCAACACUCCUCAACUAGGAAAGGGAAAAAAGCAAGGCCUCAGCUUAGAAACUCUGGUGGAUUGAAGAACAAAGCAAUGGUAAAGUAUGAAAACUUAAAGUUUUCUGAACUCAAUACUGUGUCCAGAAUGUCAGUGAGGUACAGCAUUGCUUUUCAAAAGUGGGGAUUUGUGUUUUCUGGUGCUCUGGACCUCAUAAAUCAGAGACUGGCAAAUCAAAAUGCCUUUUGGGAUUCAUUGGGUUCCUCAGGAUAGCAGUUUCUUUGUUUCUGUCUUUGAGAAUAGAAUUGAGAGAAAUGUCUCGUAUUUGGUAAGCUGGUCAUAAAAGCAAACAGCCUGGAAGAAUUCAAACAGCAUUAACAAGAAUGCUUCGGACUGAAGUUUCAAAAUGAGGAGUCCUUUUUGCAGAGUGCAUGAUACACAUUUAUGAGUCUGAAUAUGUCAUACUGCAUUGCUAACUCUAAUGAAUGUCUUUUUAGGUUGCAGCCUAACCUUUUUAUUAAACUAUAUGCAGGGAUUUUUGUGGUGGGACAGGAAUUCAUAUUUUUCAAAGCAUUCGAUAUCUUCUCUGAUUUUGUUGAACAGAAGAUUGCUUCAAUCAAUAAUGUUCACUUGUGAAAAUCGAAAGAUAGAUUUUUGAUAUCUUAAAUGCAAUGAAAUGACACUUGAAGAACUUUUAAAAGUAUAUUAUGUUUAAUUUUGUAUAUUAUUGCAAGUCACUUUCAUUGAGACUAUAGAACACACAAAAUCUAUUCUAUGGCAGAAGAUAUAUUUAUUAUUGCAAUUAUUUUAAUUAUAUAAAGUAAUUUAUUGGCUAAGAAAACUAAUUAUUUUGGUUUACCAAAGAAAUAUCCACAUGUAAGGUGGCUGUAAAUAUUAUAAGUGCAGAUAUUACCCACUCAUUAUAUAUAGCACAAUGACAUGAGAAAAUUGAAUCACUUUAGAAAUAGGGUAUUCUUGAAAGAGGGUAUCGAAGGGUAGAAUGGUGUUAGGUGAUUUUCUAGUUUAGGCUUGUUAUCUAUUGAUUACAAUAGAACCCUGCGAACGUGUUAACUAAGAUAACUUGAAGCCCCAGGUAACUUGAACAAAAUCUGAUUCCCCUUGAUCCCAUUGUUUUAGUCAUUUACCAUCACAACUGCAGAAGAACCUUGCUAACUGAAACUCUCGAGCCAAACAAAAAUUGGUUCAAGUUAGCGGGUGUUUGAGUUAGGUACUUAUAUGGUCAUUUUAUGUACAUCAUCGCUGCAAAGCCAUUUUGGAUUAUUUGCUUUAAGUGAGAGGACAAAACUACUCCUGGCAUGGAAGCGAGUUAUAAAAACUUGAUGCACCAUGCAUUGACUAAGACUAGGUUUGUGUGCACAGUGGAUACAGUUUAGUCAAUAUGGUUUAGUCAUUGUGAAGUGGUAGUUCAAUGAUCAAACACAACAACAGAAAGAUUUUAAAAGCAAAAAGUAAACACUGUUUAGUUUAGAGAUCAGGGAACAUGGGGCUCAAGGCAAAAUUGGAAUGGACUGUUGGGGUCAGAACACUUCUUAUGCUUCUCUACUCCAAGCCCUCCUAAUUCUGCUUUUAAUCAGUUACUUUUUUGUGAAUACAUCACAAGAUUAAGAAAUUCUUUAAAAAGAUUUGUCAAGUUUGGUAUUAGGUAUGGAGACCACAAAUUUACCUUCUCGCCAUCGAUAAUCCUAAACCAAUCAUGGUCAAGUAAGUUGUUUAAGAGUCUUGAAUGUCUCCUAUUGUGGUGCGUUUUUGGAAUGAUUUCGUUCAAAUUAUGACAGGAGCUUUAUAUCAUUUGAAUUGUUUACAGGUAACUUCACACUUUUGUCAAUAUUACUAUAUCUUUUAUAACUUAUUGUUAUCUUCACUAGCUGGGAACUUUAUUGCAACAGUUAUGUUACGUUUAGCUAGUGUUAGAGCUCAUGGCAAUUGCGUUGUAAAUACUCCAAAUUACUUUGUCUUUGUACAGGUCAAGAUGUACAAAUGUGUCUGGUCUAGAUUUUGCAUAUUAAGAAAUUUAACAAGGAAUCAAAAAAUUUUUUAAUAUAUUGUUGAUGUAAGGCUUCGAGAUUCUUCUAUGAACCAGACUGAAAUUACUUAAUUUGAUAAGCUCCCUAACGAAUGUGAAGUGAACUAACUUUGUUUUGUUGUUAAAUAAAGAAUUAUCACAUAAGUUG